UCUCUUGCUAAAAAGAAGUCUUCAAACCCUUUGCUUCGAGUGCAGAUUCGAGAAAAAGAGGUGAAAAAGAAAGAAAGAGAGCAAUCAUGAGUGCGGAUUGGGGACCGGUCAUCAUCGCGGUAGGCUUGUUCAUCCUCUUGUCGCCGGGGUUGCUCUUCCAGCUGCCUUCGAGGACUCGAGUGAUAGAGUUCGGAAACAUGUGCACAAGUGGGAUAGCCAUCCUAAUCCACGCCGUGAUAUACUUCUGCAUAAUCACCAUCUUGAUCAUUGCCAUUGGUAUUCACAUACAUAUCGAGUGA